AACAGGUCGCACCAGCAAACUGUUACAGCUGCAGGCGCCAACCCCCAAUGGACACUUGUUCCGCGUUGAUUGAGAUGAUUCUCGCUUGGGGCUAUGGAAGCCUGUGUCAUAUGUGGUAUGCUGGUAGCCUUCUUGCACCAUCGUCGAAUGGCGCUACUCUUAUGUGCGGUGGAUGUUAUGGCCCUGCCCGGGACGGGGGAUGUAGUGAAUCUAUUCAGAGCCGCUCAUCUGUCGAUUCCUAUUGAGAUGUCCUGCGGAUUAGGCCCCUUGCUUUCCUGUAUUGUGCCCAGGGGUUUCUCGUAUUGCGUACCAUCUCUCCGUCCGUCAUGCACGCCGGAACACACAACAGAGUUUCUCGCCCCUUGGAAAGGUCUUGGGUGUUGCCAAAGUGGCCAUUGACAUCCGCCAAAUAGCCUGGAGGACGAACGGCUUGAGGAACGCCUAGGUCUACAAUAGAGCUACCCCGUCCAUUUCUGAAGAGGCUCCCGACAAUUUGG